AUGUUGUUCAAGCCUUCGGAUUCGUGGCCACGCUCCCACUAUGACGUGAUAGACUACUAUCAUCAGCACUACGACGAGGCCAUUGCGUCCGGAGAGGAUCAGCCAUUUCUCUACCCAUGGGCAUUGCUCGGGCCACUAGGCGUCAUCAUCUACCUCUUGAUUCCACAUGAAAAUCGGCCAUGGCUGAAGAAAUGUCGAUAUCUGGCAUUCGCUUGGAUCACGAGCUUCGCGACAUAUACGACUGCGUACCUAAGAGCGAGAGAGUUGGUAUCCGCUUUAGUGCUUGGGCUACUCUGUGCAUGGAGCGUCAUAUGGUUUGGCGCGAUUCUCGUGUGCAAUGAUGCACAGACAGAUUUCAUGAGGAUCGAAAGAACGACGGGCGUUUUCGGAUCAGAUAGUCGCCUGCGGAAAGACAGGUCCAGAGUUAAUGGAAACACUGAGUCGAAAGUGAAGGAUACACGACAUGAUGCAGUAGCCGACGUUGUCAAUGGCCACGCUGGCCCACGAGACCGCCACGGUGAAUUUGCAUGGCAACCCUAUCCCCUCACGCCUUUCGUCGAACGGCUAGACUGGGUUCUGGACCUCCUCUCUAGCUUCCGCGGAGUAGGCUGGAACUUCCGUAACUCGAAUAUCUCGCCGCCACCUAAACCCAUCCAAGAACAGCUCCGCGCAAACUCUGGCUCCAUGGUCCCAAAGCACUCCUACAAAACCCACCCUGGACAGAUGAAACUGUAUACGAGUAGGGAGAAACUGCUAAAAGACAAUGCAUGGAAAGUCUUCAAAGGCUACAUGAUCCUGGACGCCUUGAAGACUGCUAUGAUGUACGAUCCAUAUUUCUGGGGUCAAAUCGACAGAGCACCACCUUCUACCUAUUUGCCUCAAAAUCCGGUCUUCCGGAAUAUUUACCACCCCGCCCUUACCAUGUUUGGAAUCCAGUACGCUCUACAGUCCAUCUUUGCCCUCGCCCCCCUCAUCCUCUGUGGCCUCCUGACCCCAUCUUUCCUCGGUGCACGCGCAGAAAUCUGGAGCCACCCGCCUACCUGGGGUCCCUACAGCAUUGUUCUAGAACAAGGCCUCGCAGGUUGGUGGGGAAACUGGUGGCACCAAACCUUUCGUUUUGCCUUUUCAGAGCCUAGUCGCAAGAUCAUCGAGGCAACCGGUAUGAACAGAAAGAGUCCAGCUGCAAAGGCUUUGCAGUUAUUCAUCGCGUUUUUCCUCAGUGGCGUCAUACAUGCAAGUGGAGUAUAUACAUGUGCAGGCCCAACACAUCCAAUCACCGGAUCAAUGACCUUCUUUCUCCUGCAAGCCGUGGGCAUAUUCGUAGAAACCACACUUACUGAAUCCGCAAGGUCUGCUGGCUUAGACCAAAAGAUACCUGCUUGGAUAAAGAAGAGCUGGACGUUUCUAUAUGUCCAUGUCUGGUUCUACUACACUGCGCAUUUGCUUUGUGACGAUUUCGCAAAAGGCGGUGUGUGGCUGUUCGAACCAGUUCCAAUAUCACUGCUGCGAGGGAUGGGGCUAGGUGCGGAUGAGCGAGAUGGAUGGUGGUGCUGGAAUGCGCGGUUUGCUCGAUGGCAUAGGGGGGAUACAUGGUGGAAUAGUGGCCUUGCGUUGUGA